UUUAACUGUGAUUUUUAAAACAAGAGAAAUAUCCUCGGUUAAACAUAAAGAAUAAAGAGGAAAAUGUUAUUGACCGGAUGAUUGUUGGGUUAUGUUAUUGACCGGAUACGGUCCCCUGUAACUCUCUGUUCCUGGCUAUCAGAUUCCCUUGCAUCCCCGUCUGCGAUUCUCGGCACCUCCUGCUCUUUGAUCUUUUGUCCUCUCAUCUCCAACUACUAUCCAAAUCUCUUGCCUAUCAUCUUGGAUUGGCUAGUCACAGAAAGGAAAGGCAACAAACUAGGCUGCCGCAGUGCCGAUCGGUUGCCGAGCUAAAAGGUAUCCGUUGAAAUUCUAGGGUUCGGAGAGCUUCGGUUGAAUCCCGCCGGCUUCUCCUGAGGAAACACCGAGACGGAGCAAAGUUUUCCCCCCUUUCUCUCAGUUCCUUGCGACUCCUUGCAAUGGUUUACAUUACCUCUUGGGACGAGUUUGUUGAGCGAUCAGUGCAGUUGUUCCGUGCUGAUCCCGAUUCGACUCGGUAUGCUAUGAAGUACAGACACAGUGAAGGCAAGUUGGUUCUCAAGGUUACGGACAACAUACAGUGUCUCAAGUUCAAGACGGAUCAGACACAGGAUGCUAAGAAAAUGGAGAAGCUGAACAACAUAUUCUUCACCCUGAUGGCUCGGGGCCCUGAUGCGGAUAUAUCGGAAGUUACAGGAAAAGAGCAGAUGGAAACACAGGCGACCAAGAGAGGAAGGGGUCGUAAGCAAUAGAUCUUGGAUCGCUUCUGAGUAGAAGUAGAGCGUUUUUAAAAAUUUUAGCACAUGAUUAGUGAAUCUUGAGAUGAUUAUAUGUCCUCCUUGCCAGUUGCCGCCUCAUGAAUAUGAUUGUCAAAGUGAACCUUUUUGUUUCUAUUCUCAGUAAAGCCCUUGUAUUUUCGAUGCUGACAAUGUCAGAACCCAGGUCGGUUGACGUCACAAGCAGAAUCAAAUUCGCCGGCAAAGAAAUUGCAGCAUUGCGGUCUCAUAGCUCUGGACUUUGUUGGGUGAAUUGCAAGUUUGGUCACCCUUAGCCUUAGCCACCCAAAUCACUUUUGCUUCAAUUUAGCCAUUAAUACUAAACAUUUAUGUCAUCCUUGGUCACUCGCCGUCCAAUUCUGUUAAAUCUGUUCUACGUGGUAGUCAACAAUUAAGUUUGACUAUUGAAAUGGUGAUGUGGCAAUAAAAAAAUUAUUUAUUUUGUAAUA